GCUUUUCUGUGUUUUCUGUUUUCUCCCAUUUGUUCGAUCUUGGAUUCUGAAAACGCAAUGUUCUGAAAUAAGCUGCCCCAAAUAGAUCAAAGGGCUUCUGCUGCGCUUGACUGAUCAAGAUUGCAUUUUCCUUCAAAAUCCUACGCUUUCCCGGAAAGUUUUUUCCCCACGAAGUGCUAAUUUCCUUUUCCAUGGCAAAUGCCUGGAAAAGAGAUAAACCCUCCGGACUACGCUCCCCGAGAUUCCUCCUUCUACUUCUCUCUGGUUCUCUUAUCCUUCUCUUUAUCUUCUUUUCCCUCACUACUCGCCCCUCCAAUCCCAGUCCUGGCUUCCUCGCCGUAAACACUCGUCUCUCGUUCCACGCGAUUUCUCCUUUCGAUUGCAUCAAAUCUCCACAAGCACACCCGGUGAUUGCUAGCACCGUCGAAGGCGUUCGAUACCCGUUUCUGUACUCCCUUUCCGAUUUCGGAAAUUUGCCUGACAAGCCUCACAAGAACAUUGUCAGAAUCCUCAAAGGGAAACGUUUUAGGAAACCCGAUAUUUCGGCAACGAUUCAGGAUGUUUUGGAGAGGAUGAAAAGCGAAGGACGAGAUGGUUUUGUUGUCGAUGUGGGCGCCAAUGUGGGGAUGGCAAGCUUCGCUGCCUCGGCUAUGGGUUUUCGGGUUCUGUCAUUCGAACCUGUUUUCGAGAACUUGCAGAAGAUUUGUGAAGGGAUUUACUUCAAUAGGGUGGCGGAAUUGGUCACUCUAUUUCAGGCUGCAGCAUCGGAUCGGCUUGGUAACAUUACCUUUCACAAGUUGGUUGGUCGGCUGGACAAUAGUGCUGUUUCUGCAACUGGUGCAAAGUUGGCAUUUCAAUCCAAUGAAGAGAUAGCUCUUCAAGUAAAGUCUGUUCCUCUAGAUGAAGUGAUUCCUGAGUCGGAGUCAGUGCUUCUGCUGAAAAUAGAUGUUCAGGGAUGGGAACAUCAUGUGCUUAAAGGAGCAUCGAAGCUUCUCUCAAGAAAAGGAAGUGAGGCCCCAUAUCUCAUAUAUGAGGAAGAUGAGCGCUUGUUGCAGGCGAGUAAUAGCAGUGCAAAAGAGAUUCGCGACUUUCUCAAAACUGUGGGUUAUCAUGAUUGUACUCAGCAUGGCACAGAUGCUCAUUGCACCAAGAAGGCUUCAACAUAACUUUCCUCUUCAAAAUUUUCUCUCGAUGGAUGGUGGGGUCCGCUGGCAUAUUCAUUUUAAUCAGUUUUGAUUAGCUGCUUUCAGCUAUCUAUAAUACAAAAGAGCAUUGGGUAAGAAUUUCUCUUGAUUACAAAUGCUAGCGAGACUGAGUUAGGGAUUGAAUGGUUAACAGCAGGCUUCAGAAUAUCUUGAUGAAUCUCACACAGUGAUAUGAGUUGGAAAUAGAUCUGCAGCUUGAGGUGUAUUCUCUAGGAGCUUUUAGGUUUGAUUUCCUGUUCUUUUGUUUGAAAUUUGAUUUAUCCAUUUUUUCUUCAAAUGUAUGUCAGAUGUAGUGAAAUUACAAAUGCUAAUGGUCAAUUGGCCUCACAUCA